AUGGGUAUUAGAAAGAAUACUUAUUUCCGUAUAGAUAAACCGAUUGUGUCCCAACUAAAUGAUGAGAUAAGUUAUUGGCGUAAUGUUUUACACAGAUUAGCGACAAUUAUUCAAUCAUUAUCUUCGCGUGGAUUAUCUUUUCGAGGAUAUGAUGAAAAUAUUGAAUCAAUUUACAAUAGUAACAUUUUAAUGGUCGCAGAACUUUUAGCGAAAUUUGAUCCAUUCAUGUCUCAACACAUCGCAAAAUACGGUAGCAAGGAUACUGGAUCUACUUCAUACGUGUCUUCUACAAUUUAUGAGAAAGUUAAACAACAUAUGGCUAAUAAAUUAUCUGUUAUUUUAUGCUAUGUUCAUCAAAGUGUCCCAGUUGAACACUUUUUAACUUUUAUUUCCGGGUGUAAUCAUAAAUCUCAACAGCUAUGUGAAGUUACUUGUAAUACUUUAAGACAUUUCAAAAUCCCUAUUGAAGACUGCAGGGGCCAAUCGUAUGCGCUAUCAAAAAUAGAAAAAGAUGUAACUGAAACACCAGAAACUCGAAGUGAAGCAGGUGGAUUGCGUCAUCAAUUUGAAUACUUGGAAACUCACGUUAUUGCAAUUUCUUGGGGAUUAUUACUAAGUAGACUAAAUGCUGUAAAUAAAAAACUAUAA